AUGGCUAGUCCUGAGAUGGCAUAUGGGGUUCCUGCGAUUAAUGUUGUAGGGGAGUGUUUUUGUGUUCCUUAUCCUGUUGACCUUGUUGUGAAGAAGAAAAUUAGAGGAUUCUCUCAUGUACACACCGAUGUCUUGGAUGUGAAUGGAAAUCACCUCCUCCAAAUUGAUGGCAAACUUUGGCAAUUGCAGAAGAAAAGAAUCGUGCGCGAUCCAGCUGGUUUUCCCAUCCUCACCAUCCGUGAAAAGGUGCUUAAAUGUCGUCACCGGUGGAUAGUUCACAGGGGCGAGAGCUCCGAUCUAAGCAGUCUCCUUUACACUGUGCAACGAUCACAUCCAUUCCAAAUCAGAACUCAACUUGAUGUCUUCUUGGCCAACAAUACCAGAGAAGAUAGCUGUAACUUCCAUGUCAGUGGAUCUUAUUAUGAUCAGUCUUUGAGAGUUUACAGAGGUGACGUACUAAUUGCCGAGGUGAAAGACAAGUUUAGAUUCGGAAACUUGUUAGUCAAAGGCAAAGAAAGCUUCGGAGUGAGAGUGUACCCUGGUGUGGACUAUGCAUUUAUCAUGUCAUUACUCACAAUUCUUAAUGAAAUCGACUUUUGUUGAAUGUAGUUUUUUAAUUGUCAUGUAUCAAUAUAUGUAAUUUGUUAUAUCUUUAUAUCUUGUGUUGUAAUCAAACCAACACCAUGUGUCUCUGAAAUUAGAAUUUUCAAUUGUAAA